UGCAUUAUCCACCUUUCACUACAUGGUACAAAUCAUUGAUACCAAACGUUUGUGUUUACCAAAUCGGAUAAACCAAUAAAACCACCAAAGAAGUUAAUAUUAUUCCAGUUUUUAUUCAGAUUAGAGAUCACUGGGUUACCUGCACAGCCUUAUUUCACGUAACGGAAAUAUUCGGGUCGAAUUUAAAUAUCGAUAAAUGUUUUAAAAUUAUUGUUUACAUGUAGAUUAUUUCUAUUGCAUUCCUUUUUUGUUGAAGUUUAACAUUUAAUGAUCUGAAAUUACUUAUAAAGUUUCAUGCUCGCUCUUGUGUAAAAGUAUGGUUGAUAUUCCGGUGGUUCGCGAAGAAUGUACACUGGAUGACAUUCUGCUUGAACUUCCAAAUCGUGUUGCAAAGCCCAUUCCGUCAGUCAAAGGAAAAAAUUUCAAAACGAUUUUCAAUCAAUUCACCGACUCAUUAAAGGAUAUUCAAGUACAAUACACUUGUCUUGAUGUAUCUAGCAUUGCUCUAGCCUUAGGAACUAAUGUCGGUAAUGCUUAUGUCUACCAAAGAAAACACCGAAAAAUUGUCAAUAUCAAUUGUGAGACUAAGUAUGUCCCAGCAUUAUGUAUAAGGCUGGCUUUAGGGAGUGCAACUGUUGCAUUUGGCCAUGAAUCUGGCUCAUUUUGUGUUGGUUUGGUUGAUCCACCUCAAAAUGUGACCUACAACUCGUUAACAGCUCAAGAUAUUCAUAAUUCUGCGAUAACAUGUCUGGAAUGGUCCUUUGAUGGCCUAAUUCUUUAUGCUGGUGACAAGAAUGGCAAGAUAUCCAUGUCUGUCGUCAAAAUAUCAGAGGGUAUUUUACAAACUGCAAUCAUCCUCACUGAGGAAAGUGCUGUUGUACAACUAUCGUAUGCAGAGGUUGCUUUGCUGAUUUCAACUAAUAAACGUACAGCUCUGUGGUCUUUCGAAACAGAGGCAUUAAUUCAAGUUGGAGAAAAAGAGCGAAAAGUGUUUGGUGCUUUUGGUGGUUGCUUCAUUACAGACCCAAUUUGCGAGCCCACAAAAAAAUUAUAUGCUGCACGACCAGGACUACGUAUAUGGACAUCAGAUGCAAAUGGAAAAGUAUCUUCAACAUCAGUUUUCAAGACCCUACUGGGAAAUAAACCUCCAUUAAUCAAGACAUUGUCCAAAAAGGAUAAGUUCAACAGCAAUGGCCAGUUUGGAAAACUUUUAAUGUUCCAUCGUGAAUAUGUAGUCACAUGCGAUUCAAAUCACAUUUGGGUGCUUGAUAUCGAACAGGGUGUUGUCAUAGGUUGUCAUAGCAACUUGGGGAAAAUCUGUUCAGUUUCUGUGUGUGGCCAUGAGAUCUUUGUCUUGUUGUAUCAAACUGAAUGUUUCUUGAUAAGGUUGGUCUUAACCACAGAGAGAGUAGUAGAAUCACCCUGUUUGGAUGCUGUAGUUGCAGGAUCCAUAGCACCUGGUAAUUACCAGCCAAGGGGUGCUAUAAGCUAUUGGCAAGAAACUGGUAAACAGUCAAAGGAUGCCAUGAGCAUACUAGAAACUGGUGCUGUAGUUGAAAGUGGGUUGCAAUUUACUUCACCAAUCAACGUUCAGAAAGAGAAUGUUGAGGAACAGUCGAAGGAUUGUGAAGAAUGCGAUUUAUCAACGACAGUCGAGACUCUAACUAGUGUCGGUGUGCCAAACGAACACGAGAUCCCCAGGACGGAUAUUUUCGAUAAAAUAAAUGCUAUUUCACUUGAAGAUCAUGACGAUGAUAUAGUGUUCACGGCAGCGAAGAAACGUAAGAAAAAGAAGAAGGCAAAACAAACAUCGAAAGAAGGAGAGGGGAUUGGUCGCCAGAACACAAACAUCAAAAGUCGAGAAGAUGGGGCAAUCAAAGACGAACCAACGCAGGUACAUGACGAAUCUCCGGUCGGUAAAUCAUCCCAUGAAGUACAUAAAGCUGUUGUUCUACUUUCGAUAUGUGCAACCUACACAUGGGCAUUGUGUGAUGGUAACCGCCUAUUUUGUGCUGACACUGCAAGAUUAAAAAUGGUCCGUUGUGAUGUGGACGAGAAUAUGUACUGGAAGUUUAUGGGUUCUGUUCCUAAUCUCAACCAGAUUGUGUGCUAUGAUGAUUUCAUCUGGGCUCGUACUAAUGAUGGAACACUCCAGUUUAGUGAAGGAAAUAACGUCGGAAAGAAGGCCUCAUGGAAGACCGAAGACAAAAAAGCUAAAUGGUUACACAUGACUUGUGAUGGUACUCUGUGGACUAUAACUCUGGAUGAUGUCAUUUGGUUCAAGCCUCAGGCCUCUACAGAAGAGGUCUGGUACCAAGUUACUCUGGGACAAUACAUCAUCGACGAUCCAUCUCUUUUCGAGUCUACGUACAACUUUAUUUCGUCUGUUGGCUCAGCUUAUCGUAAUGCGCGCACCUCGGAGUAUCUUCGUCAGGCUGCCAAGGGUCUUCUCCAGUCCACCAAAGAUAUGGCGCUGUCGCUUUUCAGAGAUGGCGGAUCACCCAAACAGAUUUGUUGUGACCCACAUAGUGGUGUCUGGCUGUUGGACACAAAGAACGCUCUUCACGCAUGUCGAGGGCAUGUCACUGGUGGAUGUUGGGAAAUGGUCUGUCCAACUGGAACUGCGAGAAGUUCUACGUGGCGCGACUUCACUACUGGGCUAGCAAACUACGUGUGGGCAAUACAACCAACCGGAGAUUUGACCUGCUUUCAUCCCAAAGGUCCAAGUUAUAAUGUUGAAGGUCCUAGCAAUCGCGAUUUGAAUUUCGUAAGUGGUUCACCCCAUGGUUUAUGGUGUUUCAGUACUCAAAACAACACCAAAGUCUAUAUCCGUGACGGAAUCUCCAAGGAUUACCCACAAGGCUUUGCAUGGGUCUCCCUGCAUUUACGUAAGCAGGAGAUUCGUAGCAUCAAACAUCUGAGUGUUGGUAAGGUCACCGUAUGGUCGGUGGACAAUGAUGGUCAAGUAUGGGUAAGGGUUGGCAACGUAGCUGGUGAAGAGUGUCGUGGACUUACGCAAGCCUGGUUACCCAUCGAUAACCCAGAGAAGAUCGUAUUUGCCAACGUGGAGGUGAAUUCCACAGACUUGAUUGUGUGGGGGACAGAUGUCCAUGGAGUGGUGUACGCCAGAGAUGGCGUAAAAGAAACGUUUAUGGUUGGUGAACAAUGGCGCCAAGUGAAAGGUGUCAACCUGAAGAGGUUGUGUUUAAGUCGUUAUCUUGUCUAUGGUAUCUCUACCGCGGGGGAACUUGUAUGUCGAUAUGGUGUAUCCGAAAUGAACUGUGUGGGGGAUUAUUGGAAGAAGGUGCCCGGUUCUUAUUCCAAAAUUUCGGUCGACAGCGCGGGUGAACUCUGGGCCAUUGAUGAGGAGGAGAAGUUACAUCAUCGUAAGAUUAAAUUUCUAACCUUUGUAAGAGAAGAGCAUAAAGCUUGUCAAAAUGAUUCGGACGCUAUAAAAGAAAACGAUGUCGUUGAUGAAGAUGAAUGGGAGAUGAUAUGAGGAUUUUAGUUCAUUCAUUAGACUGACACCGUGGAUUUAUUUAACUGACUCCAUGGAUUGAUUUGACAGACUCCAUGAGUUCGUAAGGGUUCAAUUAUUUGAUGUCUCGUUAGGGUGUUUAAUCGUAAGAUAGUCAAUUGUAUAUAUUAAUUAAAACAAUUCUUUAACUCUCCAUAUAAUAGAAAUAUUGCAAUAACACGAAAUAAAGACCUGCUUUCAACAA